AUGGUCUUGUCCUUCUCGGAGUCUCCCUACUCCAGCACACUACACAUGAGAGCAGCUGUUGCACAUUCUUGCAUACCAUCGCUCGAGAGAUUGGCUGCCAAUGCAAGUUUGGGAAUCCAGCUGCAUACCCUCGGCAGGCCAAGAGCCAGUGCCAGCCUGGCUCUCGACAACGGUAACAGUAACCCGAGAGAGACUUAUAUCUGGUUCCCUAUGGCAUAA